UAGACGUUAAUUUAAAUCUUGUCAAUCGUUAUUUCAGUAUAACAAAUCUAAACAGCUGUUUUGUUGAUUACUUGUUUAGUUCAAUAACAUUUUGCUGUCUAAAGAUAAAACUUAAUGAUUUCAUGCUAUCAUGGACACUGAUGAUUACAACGAAAUCACAUCACAGUUAGACGCAAGAGAAAUAUUGCGCUACCUAAAUCAUUUAGGAAUACACAACAUAAGUGGAGAAGUUUUAAAAUACUUCAUAACAGAUUUAAAGAAAUUAAUUAAAUACGACUUGCAACAUAAACAUGAAAGCGAAAACACAAAAAGUCCAUUGAACCUAGGAACUGAAAGAUUACACAGCGCUAGUACAUUUUCGUCCAGAGCCAGAUCAAGAGCCACGACCAGUGAUAUAAUAAUAUGUUGUUCUAAACAAAGUCAGAAACCCAAAAAACUUUUAGAUCUUCGCAAUGUACACUCAGCACCUAAUUUAUUUCAAGCAAAAGAGGAGGUCACACUGUCAAAAAAAGCAUGUUCAUGCGAGAGAGAAGUGAAGAAAUCUGACAUUUUAUCUAAAGACUCAAAAACUACACCAUCAAUCAAUAGUAAUUUUAUCAGAAAACCAAAAGAGCCUGUGAAGAGAAAACAUGACCCAGUUUCUUUAUAUCACUAUUAUUCAUCAUUAUGGGAAAAAUAUAAACCAAAUGUACCUGGAGAAAACAAUUGGUCAGAACUGAGGUGGAGCAUACGACAGAAAAUGGCAGGAAGUGCUGCUUCCCAAUCUAGCAAAAAUUCUGUCCACACAAGGCCGCUUAUUCAGAGUAAAAAAUUGAAGUGACGAUCCUGCUUAUUGGUGACAUUCAUACAUUCCCUUCCAAAUGAAUUUAUUAGUAGUUGUGUAUGUAAUUAAACUAAUUAAAGAUGGCAGCUAUAAACUAUAAUAUUGUUAUAUAUUUUGUAGAAAUCUUGUGAUUUUUCAAAAACUGUGAGAUAAAACGAAUUUAAACAAAAAGGGACUGACAUAAUGAUAUAUAUAAUCUACAAAUUUUUGUGGAAAAUCCACAUGUAUAAAUUUGGGUCUGAUUUGGAAUAGCAUAUAG